CAAGAAAUGACUCGACAACUUGGAGCAUACAUCAUGCGCGACUCCGAAUAUUAGAUGCAAGUCAGCGCAAGUGUCGUAACCGGAGCCAAGAAAGGAAGCUUCUCGAGUGUCUAAGAAAACCUGGUGAACAUAAGAUCUUGUGAGGUAUAUUAACCUCUCCGUGCCACGCCCAUUCCCCUCGACUACCCCAUCAUCCACAGCCACCAUCUGCUCUUACAGUUUCAGGCAUAGUUUCUAGCCUCAUUGAUAUUUCCCACUAUCUCCAACAACGAAGCCAAAAUGCAGUCCAUCCUCACCAUCGCCACCCUGAUUAGCGUCGCCUUCGCCGGCGUGAUCCCCCGAGACGAAGACAACGGGCCCGUCAACAUCCCUGUCGACAGCAUCGACAACCCUAAGGGAGACACGGUCCAAGCAAUCACGCACUUGUACAUAUGUUCCGACGCCAACUUCUCCGGCCGUUGCCAGAACUUGGAGUCGAACACCGGCCAGUGCUACGACUUGGGUAACGGCUUCAACGAUGUUGUUUCAUCGCUUGGCCCCGAUGCUGGAACUUCUUGCACUAUCUGGGAACACGCUGGAUGCACGGGAGCCUCCAUCGUCAACAUUGUCAACCCUGGCAUCUACAACCUUGCCGAUUCCAACUGGAACUUCAACGACAAGAUGAGCUCCUACCGGUGCUUCUAGGUCUGGGUUGCGCGCCUUAUCCAACACCGACGAUCCAUAGCUGCCGCCCUUUCCAGGCGGAAGAAAGAUAGCUCCAAGCUUUCUCGGGUGUCGAGUUGCAGCAUAAUAUGAUUCGACGACGCAUUGCAGCUACUGCAGUAUUAUUUUCCCACGGUAGAGAGUUUGA